CCGAGUAGUAGUGGAACCGACGCUCUUCGUAUAUAUAUUCCAAUAUCGUUCUGCACACGAUACACACUACACGCGGCUCGCCCAUUCGUUUUCCGUCUCUCGUCCGCAGUACUCGCCUAUAUCUACCUACCUGCCUAUCCGCCUGCAAUACUGUGCACAGCAGCCGUGUUGUUACAGUACCCAAAAGUACAUACGUAAAUAAAAUUUUUUACCGUUGUCGUUCGAUUUCAUUUAAUUUUUCCGACCGCGACCAUGGACGCCUUUUUGAACAAAAAAUAUAAGCUGAGCACUAGCGAAAAAUUCGACGAAUACAUGAAAGCUUUGGGUGUUGGAAUGAUGACCCGUAAAUUAGGUAAUACCGUAUCUCCGGUGGUGGAGUUGACCAAAAGCGAUGAUGGCAAACUUGUGCUAUCAUCGAACUCGACGUUCAAAAACUCUUCGAUCGCUUUCAAACUCAACGAAGAAUUCGACGAAGAAACACCCGACGGCCGCAAAGUGAAGUCGCUCAUUGUCCAAGACGGAAACAAGCUAGUACACACCCAAAAAUGCGACAAACAUAGCGACACCACGAUCGUUAGAGAAUUCGAGCCUGAACAAUUAAAAAUGGUCCUGACUGUUGAUGACAUCACUUGUACCAGAAUCUACAAACCAGUCCAAUAAAUAUAAUAUAUUAAAAUAUGUAUAUUAUUAUACUAUUUUAUUACUAUAAAAUUCAGAUCUUUUACAACAUAUUCGAAAUUUGACCUACUAUUUAUUUAUAAUAAUGUUUUACAUGUGAUUAAUAACAUAUUAUAAUUACACGAACUAUAUUUAUUUAAUUUUAAUAACGGUCUUAUAAUUGUUAUUAAACUUAUUCUUAAAGUUUGGUGCGUAAGGAGAAACUGUAAUCGGUAUAAAUAUAAGAAGUAUUGAAUGUACUGUUAUGAAAAUCGGCGCUAUCAUAAAAUGAUAAUCAAUUUGUAAUUUGUUUUUUAAUUAUUAAUUAAGUAACGGCCAUAUUAUGGGCAAUUUUUACAGUAGUGUACAAUAAGUAAUUUAAACUAAUACAAUAAAGACAAAAGUUAUGAUUCAUAAUAA